GACAUUCCAAACGUCUCAUUGCCGUUCUCUAAAAUGAAAAACAAAAAGUAACUGCAAGAUUUCAAGAACAAAUAGACAGAGAAGUUGCUUUGUCUGUUGACUGUUGAGUAGCAAAAAUUCAAAUUUCUCCAAAAGACGGUUUGCAAACUUCAUUUGGUACACAUAUUACCUUCACUUUUCAGGCGUGAAUUGAUAGAAUUUGACGACUUUGUCAAUGGCGUACGUUGCACCACACAAACGGCUGUCAAAGACCCAAGGGGGGGACCCACCUCCCACGCCUGUGCUUCCCAACUUUGAGAAGAGUCUUAGUCUAAAUUCAUCAAGAUCAGGUUCUGGUAAGAGGAUGGAUAAGAGUACCUCACAUGUGAAGGGAAUUGUUUAUGCUAAUGGCUCUAUAUCAAGAUGGCUGGCAGUUCCGUCAAUGGAUGUUCUGCAGCUUCCAUCUUCAUUAAGCUUGGUUCCAGCUACCAUUGAUUCUCCGUUGUUGAAAUCUGAAGAUAAAAUGUUCACCUUAGUUAAUGGGCAGUCACAAGCAGAGCACCAUGGCAUUAAGAGCUGUCAAUUGGAGAAAAUGUGGGCAUCAGUUGCUGAAACUGUACAUGCAGAUCUGCUUUCAGCUUUUCAGAAUAUAAGAAAUGAAAUGGUGGAUCAAAAUCCGGAAGAAUUCAAGACUGCAGUUGUUGCGAGAUUCGGAAAAGUGGUUUUUCGUCGGAAGAAUCCUUCGCACGACCUAGAUUUUACCAAGGAAAAUUCAGUUUCUGAAUCUUAUGUAAAGCAACAGCGGAGAAUGUUCUAUACAACUGUUCCUGUAGAAUACAUGGACCACAUUAAAAUCGCGGCUGUCCCUGAGCUCGGUGUUCAUUUUGAGGGGGAAAAAGAGCUUUAUUAUGUAAAGCUGGCUGAUGCUAAACGUCCCAAUUCAGUAGUAUCUUGCAAAUGUAGAAUCCAUAAAGAUGAACAGAAACUUGAACUCUACAAGAUUGAAUUAAACCCAGUGCGCCAUGUAGUUAUAGAUAUGUCUUGCAUUGCAAAGAAUGUGGACCUAAGGUUGGCGCUAUGCACAAAGAAGACCUUAAUAGCUCUUCGGGAUGAAGAAAUGGAAGAAAUAAGAAGUCUUAUUAGUUCAGCGAUUUUCGACCCAAAUGUGAAAGGUGGUCUUAGGUGGUCUUUAGGGAAAGGUAAGUCUGGCGGUCAGUACAAUGUUGUUGGUGUGUGGCACACCAAGGAAGACAUCUUCCGUAACCCGUUUAUGAAGCUAAAAGUGAGAAAGGCUGAUCGAUAUGAUUUCCUUACUUCAACGGGUGAAGUUACAGGGGAAGUUGUUCUUCGGCUGAUACAGAUAAUGAACCUACUGGUGCAGGGAAGUGAGGCUAUAGAUGUUUUGACCAUGCUUGAAGAUGCACUGAAAUUGAUUGAGAAACACUUCCUAGCAUGGGAGGGUAGUCUGCACUCUGCAGUGAAUCAGUAACAAACUAAGUAAUAUCGCGUGUUCUCAGUUAUGUAAAUUUGGUUCUUUAACGUUAGCAACUGAGGCGUAUACCAGUCCAUCUCACGGCGUAGUUUUAUCGUGACUCUUGUCGUACAACUUUUUCUAACUUCCUACGGAGUAUAUAUGGCUUAUUCUCCUAGCAUGUACGAGGGGAAAUACUAGUUUAACGUCCUCCUCUAGUAUUGAUAGACGACCGAGAUAUGUAUAUAUUGCUGUAUCUCUGCAUUUUCUAUUUUGUGUAAGAUUUUGCAAAGGGGGUUUCUUUUGAGAAUUCUUGGAUGUGAAUUGUACUUUCCCCCUUGUGUUGUCCACUGGACUCGGCUAAUUAUGCGACUUUGUUAUGUUAUUGUUUGUGGAAGAUUUGACAGAAAAAAGAUGGUUUUUUUUUGGUCCA